AAUUGUUUCAUGCAAUUUGCAAAAGAUUUUUCAAUCCACUGGGGUGAUGACUCACGUUACUGGAAAUGGGUUCGUUUUCAAGAAACAAGGGACGAACACGUUGAAGUAGCGGAACUAAUAGAAGUCUACUGGCUUGAGGUGUGUGGAAAGUGUGACACGGUAUAUCUCUCACCAGGAGUCACGUAUGAGUUCGCAUUCGUGGUGAUGUUGAAAGAUGGCGCCAAUGGAUGGGCUGCUCCAGUGAAGUUGGAACUCCUACUACCUGAUGGAAAAAUAGAGGAUAAAGAAGUGGAUUUGGGAUCCCUGAGUAAGGGACAAUGGAAGGAACUUGUGGUAGGGGAGCUGGAGACAUUUCCAAAUAUGAAUGGUGACAUCCAAUUCUCUCUCCUUGAAACCAAUGGCGGUGACUUGAAGACUGGGCUUGUCAUCGAAGGUAUCAUCAUUCGACCAAAGCUGUCAAAUUAUAAUGGGAAAUUAUUUGCUACGGUGACCGCAUCGGAUCUUACAAUCACUUGGGACGAAGAGCGUUACUGGCGCUGGUAUUGUUUGAAUGAAAAUGACAUUCUUAUCGAGGUAGCUGAACUUUUAAAUGUGUAUUGGCUUGAAGUGAAUGGAAAGUUUAACAUAUCAAAGCUUUCGCCUGAAAUCACUUACGAGGUGAUAUUUGAAGUAAUGCUGAAAGAAACUGAAUGUAAGUGGGAAGAUCCAGUGAAUCUCCGCCUUGUACUCCCCGAUAGGAAAGAUUAUCCUAUUCAACGUAAGGAAAGUCUUCAGGGCCAGCCUAGAGGGAAAUGGAUUUAUAUUACAGUGGGGGAAUUUAAAAAAGACUCAGAAAUAUGUGGAGAAAUGCAAUUCUCCCUCUUUGAAACUGAAUGCCAAAAAUCAAAGAAAGGGCUUGUUCUCAAGAAUGUUAUUAUUCGUCGAAAGGAAUAAGUUAGUCAAAAAAAGUAUAUUUAAUUAUCUAAAUAAUGUUGAGAAAUGUUAUUAUUGUUGUUGUUGUGAGUAAAUAUAUUGUUAUAACCCUUACCUAAGAGCUUCAACUUUUGGGAUUAACGGUUAUAACAUGAUGUUAGAGUGAAGAGAUUAUAUGUGUUCUAUAUCUAGAGGUUUGUGUUUUGUGUUGUUAUUCCUUGUGUCUUGUGCUUUAUUUAUCCAAAUAAAGUGAAGAAAAUAAUUUUUGUUGUGUGUUAAUA